UGCGGGCUAAUAGUUGCGAAUUGACCAAUCAGAGCGAAGUAGGUUGUCAGCUGAUUGGUCACAGCGCAACUGUCAACCAUACCGCAAUAAUAACCAUAACCUCAACCGCAACCGAGCCUGCAAUCCGUAGUGUAAUACGGUCUUUAGAAUGAGCUCAAAAGGAUGCCGCCAUAUCUCGGUCUCAGGAUGCAUUUUAUGGUUCCUCGAUGCUUCGGUGAGAGCAGGUAAGAGUCAUGUAUAAAGGAACAGGGAAACGUAUACGAACGUGAAGUAUUGGGAAUGUAAUUUGGACGAUGAUGCUAAUUUAUUCACGAGAGGUGAAUCGAAAUGACUUUACUGCUCUGAAGCGGAUUAAUCUGACAUCUGUCAUCGAACAAUCGUAAGGCGCAUUCUUCGAACGGAGGUUAUAAGGCGCCUAAUUAUAAUAAAUAUCAUCGAUAUACAAAACACUAUGAGGAAUUUUUACGAGGGUGCGAGAGUGAGCACCACGUGUCUACACAAAUGUCAACUGUACACAGCUGUUUCGCCUCGACGACUCUCGCUCGCACGCCCUCAUCUACUGGCAUAUCGUUUGACGGAUUACCUACACGUGGAGAACAUAUGGAGGAAAUUUUAACAAUUGCACAGCGUUAUGCGUGGCUACUCGUCUCCUUUGACUAGGCGUUGCACGCAAAAGAGUGGUUUCGAUCCUUGGAAGGACACAAGGAUUAUUCCAUAUUUUCAAAUAUCAUCGAACAGGGUACAAAGGUUUUGAGAUUAACAGUAGCCCGAGUAGGAUAAUCAAAGUUAGCGCAAUCAACUUCUUAGGACAGAUUUAUAGUUAAUGUAUACAUAUAUUGUAUAUAUAUAUAUAGAUAUAUAUAUAACGAAUCUUUAUGUGCAUUUUGUCAUAACAUGACAUAAAUAUUAGUCAAUUGCUUAGUGCAGGUGUCAUAUGGAAGGUCAUGCUGUACAUUGACAAAUGAUACAUGCACCAAUAUACAAUCUAGCAAUUAGAUCGAUAGUGACAUAAGCAGAAAAAGAAACAAUGUCAGUUCCUUCUUGCUCGACGAGUAAAGAGUCGGAUAAUGCAAACGCUAAGGAAAAAGUUAUGUAUGAAAAAUGGGAACGUUUUAAUAAUUGGAUACAUUGUAUAUGUAUUGUUACUUUUGAUCUAGAAUUAGGUCAAGCUAUAGAGGCAAUUUAUCCGAGUCAUAUUAAAUUAUCGGAGCAAGAGAGAUCCAAUGUCUGUUAUUUAGCCUUCCCCGAUUCCAAUUCUGGUUGCAUGGGAGACACUCAAUAUCAUGUUAGAAUAAGACAAAGUGGCAAAAUGAUGCAAAAAACCAGUGCACUCGAGGAAUAUGAUAGAAAAUCACCUUCCUUUCUACAAACUGAUAGAGAUUAUUAUUGGGGAUAUGUAUAUUUUCGGCAAGUGAAGGAUAAGUCAUUACCGAGAGGAUAUUUUCAAAAGAGUGUUGUUAUAAUUACGAAACUGCCGUUCGUUAAUCUAUUCGGUGAAUUGUGCGCUUUAAUCGCGCCAGAAUUUUUCGAGGCCGGAACGGCGCUCAUGGAGGCUGUGGUGCGCGAGAUCGAUCGGUGGCCUCCUCCAGUUCCAGGGCAGAUAGUUCAUUUACCUCUCAUUGGUGUUUUAUUCCAGACAUACAUCCCAAAUCAAAAUUGUAAAGCCACUGUUCCCCCAAUUGCUGCCAUGGAACAUGCACCCAAUGUACACGCAACACGAAGACUGAUAUUGACGUCAGCCUACGAAGGCGACAUGUUUCGGAGUUUAGCUAGUGUUAUCAGUUAUGUACACUUAUUGUGGGAAUUGGUACUUCUCAGCGAGCCGAUCGUUGUAAUGGCUAGCUCGCCCACCACAUGUUCCGAACUAGUUCAAGCGCUUAUAGCCAUGAUCGCGCCAUUAAAGUACUGCGCCGAUCAUCGCCCGUACUUCACUAUUCACGAUUCGGAAUUUAAGGAAUAUACCACGGAUUCUCCGACGCCGCCUGCUGUAAUCCUGGGCGUGACCAAUCCAUUCUUCGCCAAGACUCUGCAACACUGGCCGCAUAUCAUUCGGAUAAGCAACGGCAGUAACAGCGAUCUAAAAUAUAAAAUCAAGAGGUCCGAAAAUCUGAAGGUGCUGGAUUCCAAGCCUGGCGUUUACACUCAGUACAAACCCUUUCUGCAAAAGGACAAGACUAUUUUGAAGAAAUUGUUCAGGGGUAUUCAGACGAAGCGACCGGGCGAGGUGCAGACCGCGCUCUUGAAACGCCACUUGAUAGAGCUAACCGAGAGCUUUAUGAUUCCGCUUGAAAGAUACAUCGCGACUCUCAUGCCGUUGCAAAAGAACAUAUCGCCUUUUAAGGCAACUCCUACACCACAAAUGUUCAAUCCAGAUGACUUCCUAGCUAGCUUAAGUAGCUCCGGUCCCCAAUUGACUACAGGUAUAAAGGGGGAUUGGGUAGGAUUAUACAAACGGUUCUUUCGAUCGCCCAACUUCUCUGGCUGGUUCCACACUAGAUAUACAGAGUUGAGUCAGCAGUUACAAGCUAAGCAAUUGGAAAAAUUAUCGCAAGCAGACCUGAAAACAUGGGUGCAGGGAAAACAAGAGGUAGAGGUGGUCGAUAUGAUUCUUAGGAUUCGUCAAAAAUUGGAGAGAAGCUGCAUCGAUGACGUACCAAUCGAUAAUUCAGUGAGAGAGAGAUUACGAGAAAGAAUAAAUGACAUUACGCACGUAUUGCCAGAAGAUUUAAAGGUUAUUUUAAAACGAGAAUCUUGACAAUACGAUUACAUUAUUAGUAUUAAAACUCGCUAAUGUUAUAAUUUAGUUUGAUAUAAGCUGGGCUUGUAUUUAAGUCAAAAACUUAACACGCAUAAGAUAAUUUAAAUAUUUCACUCCAUUUUCCUAUUUAUUAUGACGUAAAUGAUGGGACGAUAAAAACGUCAGUUAUAUUUAAGUAUUAUAGUUUGAGAAUUUAUACAAUGAAUUUUAUAUAAAAGAAAAUGUUAUCAUAUAUAUACAUAUAUUUUGAUCUGAAAUUUCAAAUACUCGCCAUAGACAGAUUGAUGAAAUAAAUCCACUGUAUACGUAAAAGAGAUUAACUGCUCAAACAUCCUGGAUGCUUCAGUAUAUCACUCAAAUAUCUCGAUUUCAUUUUCAUACUCGGAGAUAUCGUUUAUAUCGGAAUAUAACGUUUUGUAAAUCUAUGUAAUACGUAUUUCGCAUUUCCUAUUUCGCUUGUAAUGAUUUUCUUUGUAAUGCCAACUCAAUAUAGCUUCCUUCCUCCAUUCGAUCAAAUUAUAUCGAUUAAUAAUUUUAUAUUAUUUUAAUUUGUAAUUUUUUUAUAAUUAAAUACUGGCAAAUACUCUAUUAUAAGAUUAAUAAUAGGAAUCUCACGAGUAUAUGAAUUUCGAAUCAACUGGAAUGCAUGAGGAUCGUGUUGUUAAUUGAUGUACAUACAUUUUUUGAAAGAUCUGUAAAUAUUAUGGUACAAAUGAUGUGUAAUAAAAAUUUAUUUUAAUACAAUAUUGUGAAUCAUUAUAUUUAUACGCAGUUAUGUAUAAGAUAUUUACUAUACUGUAUUAUAAAACAAAAUAUUAAUGUAUUCCUAUAACUUUAUUUAGAAUAUUAUAAUUGAAUGUGUAUGUAUAAUUUUUAUAUUGAGCAUAAUUUUAUAUAUUUUAUGUGCACAUUUAUUGUGUAAUAACAUAAUGUGUUUUAAUGAAAAAGGGCAAAAUUUGCAUAUAUAAGGGAGAAAAGGCAUUACUUUAUAAGAGGUAAUAUUUCACUUUAUUUCAUUUCUUACGACUUUUAUUGUUACAUUUUCCCAUUACAUUAAUAAUUUCCUCAAUAAUUUCGUCUUAAUGCUUGCGCCAUUAUAUAUAUAUAUAUAUAUAUAUAUAUAUAUAUAUAUAUAUAUAUUCUCACCAUAAUAUAUCCAUAAUAUAUUAUCAUACUUUCAAUGGAGUCAACAACAUAUAUAUAUAUAUAUAUAUAUAUAUAUAUAUAUAUAUAUAUAUAUAUAUAUAUAUAUUUAUCCAUAUGUAUACGUGUAUACAUAUAUAUGUAUACAUUAGAUAUCGCAUGUAUGUUCAUUUUCUUAUUGUUCACGAGCGUGAAUGCACACACACACACACAAUACCGUAAGAUAGCUUUAUUACACAAUUAAUUCACAGAGUCCGCUUUAUUCUGCCGAAGUACACCACGAUAUUUCUAGCCAUAUCGCGUUCACUUUUUAUCGCUUUCGCAGAAAAUAAAACGACGCGGAAAUUUAGCGGGCUGUUUUUUUUUUUUUAUUUUACUCCGACCAGAGAGAGAGAGAGAAAGAGAAGGGAAGGUAACUCUUCUCUCGUGAUAUUUUCAUAUUUAUACAGUUCAAAGGGUUCAGGAUUCGAAUGAAGAAUGCUGAAGGAACUACUCUCGAUUCGAGCUCUGCGCAUAAAUAACGAAGAACGGAUAAAUUUUUUGCAAUUAUCGUCUUUUUUUGCAUUACUUCGACAGACUUUAGGCCUGAGUGUGAAUUGAUUUAAUUAAUUAAUUCUCCGAAUUAAAGGUAUAUCUUACAAGUCUUAUCUGCCCGACUAUCAAGACUAACACGAAUGGAAACUUUACAACGAGCUUACUCGGGGAAAGAUGAACACGUUCGAUGUGAAACGGUGUUUUUGAAAGUGUGUGAGUGGAGAAUUCCAUCUUUUUUUUUGCGGAAUUUAUGGUGGGAAAAUCGUGUGCUUAAAAAAAAAGAAUUUAUAAAAAUAUUCUUUUCUUAGCAUACAUUUAGCGACAAAAAUAAUAAAUUGAUCUAUAUUCAAUCAGUGAUCUUUGUAAUAAAAUCGCCACUCGCUCAUAUUCAACGCUAAAUGUAACGAUAAAGAUGCAGGAUUGUUUUUAUUCAAUAGAAUAAAUAGAAUACUUAAAAUUAUUUUACAGAUUAAUGAGAGCAAUAUGAGAGAAAACUAUAUAAAAAAUAUAGUUAAAAAUAAUUAAUCUUUAAAUUGGCGUAUGUGGGAUACUUAAGUAAUGAUGUUUUCAAAUUUCCAUUAAUAAAUAAUUUAAAUAAAAAUAAUUUCUUACGAAUAAUGUUAUCUCGUGUACUUUUCAAGAUAAUCUUUUUAUUUAAAAUAAUUUACUUAAUUUAAUUUAAUUUACUUAAUAAAGAAGAAAAAAACAAUAUUAUAAAGAGAACAUAGUAAGAAAGUAUCCCAUUUAUUAUAAUAAUAAUUCCAUAAAUUAGAUAAAUUUUUUGAUAAAAUAGCAAAAUUUCACUCUCUCUGCUGUUUCUACUUAAUUAAAAAAAAAAGGAAUGAACGUUAAAAUGUGGAUGAGUUUUUUUAACUAUUACAUAUGAAAUAAUAAUCAUAAUAAGCGGUAUUUGUGUUUAUUUAUUUGUUUAUACGCUACAAAUGGUUUCAUUUAAGAUACAGUGAUAUUCCACGCGAAAUUCACACACAUAAAAUGUGUACUAAAAUUAAACUUACUAGAGAUUCUAAUAUAUAUUCUCUUCCGAGUCCCACCAUAAAUUUGGCCUUUUAUUCUGAUCGUUCGCAUUGAUUUAACAUUUGUUAACCUUUCCGCGCGUUCUUCAUCUUAUCACAUUCAUGUAUCAUUAACAUUAUGAUAACAAUCGUGAGCUUUAAGUAGCUUACAGUAUUUAAGCCGUAGCUGCGCUCGCAUACGUAAUAAAUUUCUCUCUUACUACCCGAAAUCCGUUUGUCUGCACGGAGAAGAUAUCCAGGAUAAAGCUUAUUGUUAGCAUCGCAUAUCUAACUCUAAAAUUUAUGCGCUAUAUAUAUUAUUAUAUAACAUCUAAAUUAAUAUCUAAAUUAGAUAUUAAUUUAGAUAUUAACAGAGAUAAAUUAUAUUAUAGAUGGACAUCUAUAAUAUUAAUUAUCUAUAUUAUAAAUGGAUCUAUAAUAUCUAAUUGAUUAAUUAGACGAAAUUAUUUAAAACCGUAGCCUUUUUAUGAAACGCGAUAUUUUCCUGUCGCAAAAAGUCUCUCUCCGUCUGUGAAUCAGCUGUUUCUUCUUUCUGUCUCUUCUAUGGUAGAGGACGAUUGGACGGUAUGUCGCGCAGCGAAUAAUCGCAUCACCAACGAAAUGUCAGUCGAUUCUGGGAUACGUAAUUAAUCUGCAAAAUUUCAUUUCCGUCGCUUUUAAUUUACGAUUAUGAAUAAUAUAGUGCAAUAUAAAUGUGUACAUAUAUAUAUGUAUAUAUAAUUAUAUGUGAACGCAAUAAGAUUUAUUCUUGCAAUAUUUCGUCCGUACAGACAACACGUCUCGUUCUUACAUUUAACUUUGACACAAUACAAACAACAUAACAUUCCCACAAUUGACAAAUUAAAGACAUUCUUCUCUUAAUAUCAUCAUCAUCGUCACAUACAUAUUUCAUCGGAAACAUACACGCAAAACGCUUAUAUCGCUAAAUCUAGUGCCUUUCUCGUUUGUUUUUAGCCACAGAUACAAAAUAUCAUCCGUCGAGCCGAAGCGGUUCUCGCAUUAUCUUUGGCAUGCUCCUUCGGGAAAUGACGUCACAUUUUGCGAUCGAAAUAAUUGUUGACCUUAAUAAUGACAAAUGCGCUGGGAUCGAAAACAAAAAAAAAAAAACGACGAUCGGUGGCGCAUUUAUGUUUGCGUAUCAUUAUUUAUUUUUCUUGCAAAAAGAGAGUUCUUUAUUUCCUCUUUUUCUUCUGAAGAAGAAAAAGAAGAAAGACUUCUUCUGAAAAAAAACAAAAAAAAACUUCUGAACAAAAAGAAGAAAAAGACUUCUUCUUCUAAAAGAGAAAAAAAAACUUUUUCUUCUUCUUCUUUUUCUUCAGAAGAAGCUUUCUUCUGUUUCUGCUUCUUCUUCUUCAGAAAUUUUUUUCUUCUUCUUCAAAAGAAGCUUUCUUCUUCUUUUUUCUCGGAAGAAAUUUUUUUUCGGACAUAUUAAAAGAAAAUUAAGAUGAAUAGUUUCCAAAAUUAUUUCGUAGCAGAAAGUGCGCUGCCGAUCGUAGCAAUCGUCGAACCGCAUUCGAAACCUAUGUCCUUCGGCACACGGCAGUGUACAAUUUAUUUCGAAUUAUUAAUUUAUUUUGAAGAGAAUCGAUCCUGCGGUCACGAUGAAGAGCGCGCGGUCGACCCAUACGUGUUUCCGGGUACGUGUUCCAAUUAAUUAAUUUAUAUAUAUAUAUAGAUAAUUUAUAUAUAUAAAAUCACGUAAUUUUGAAAACAAUUUUUUAAUGUUAUAUUUUCAACGUUAUAUAUUCUCGGACAAGACCGUCCGAUAAUUGACACAAGUCUGUAUGUGAUGUUGGUUAAUUCACAUACCCUUCAGCACGAAUCAUCGUUUUGUAAUUCGAGGAUAGGAGCAAGAAUGUUUUCACGAUCAUAAGAAAAUAUAAUCGCAUAGAUACACGAUUGGUCUUUGUUUUCUUUUUUUUUUCCUUUUGCCUCGAGUUACAAAACGGCGGUCGUUAUCGUGUUUAUCGUGUUCAUCGUGCUCGUGAAUCGCAAAGAAUUCGCGCUGUUUCGGAAAAAAGAGGGGAAAAAAAACAAGAGAAACUCAAUGGAGAGAUAACAUUUCUCUCUCUCUCUCUCUCUCUCACUCCCACUUUUGGCGAUUUUCGGUCCGUAUCGUUGCGCCUUUGGCUCUUUCGUCUUGUCCUGUUCUUCGUUUCCCGAGGACACAAGUCGAUCCUCAAAGAAUCACGCGUUAUCUUUUAAAUUCGCGUUUUCUUUCCUCAGGAGAUGGAUCGGCGAUGGAUCGAGAUGACAAAGAGAACUCCUUUUCCAGGCGGCUCCUUGUAACUCGACGAAAGGAGGUCUUCCAGUCUUUCAAAGUUGACGCGGGAAAUAAAGGAAGCUAACGAAGUGCAUGCUUCUCAUGUAAAUGAAAGGCCAGCGAAAAGAGAAAAAAUCCCGUAUCAAUAUAA